AUGGGUGACCGCUUUUUGCACAAUACCGCUGGACAGUACGGUAGAGUAUCAGCAGUGAUUGGCGUAUCAAUACUGACCAUACUAAACGGUGAAGAUCACUUGAUUGGCUUGGAGCUUUACCAUUCCUUCUCACUGACUGGAAUACACGGUGACAAAUCUAUUCACGAAAGCACGUUGGAAGGGAAAAUGGAGGAAGAAAACCUCAAAUGGAUGGGCAUCGGUGUUGCUGUUAUUGCUAUCAUUAUUACAGCAGUAUACCAUUGGAGUGAGGCAAUGUUGUACUGUCAAAGUACUGGACGUAGAGGAACCAGCGUAAAAAGAGAUGUUGUUGCGUUCAUUGGCUUAAGCAAUGGCGGUAAAACAUUAAUAUUUCAUAGGGCAAGAUAUUUACAUCUGAUUGACAUUCCCGGUAAUGACAAACUACGUUUCAACUAUAUUCGCAAUCAAGUUUCUUCACUGAAAGGCAUCGUAUUUGUUGUCGAUAGUCUCAAUAUUCAACGUGAACUACGGGAUGUCUCAAGCCUUUUAUAUGACAUAUUGGCUAAUAAAGUUGUUAUUAAGAAUAAAGUACCGGUGCUAAUUGCUUGUAACAAGCAAGAUGGCACGACCGCUAAAUCGCAGAAGGUUGUAAUCAAGUUAUUGGAACAGGAGAUGGACAAGUUACGCAUCACUCGUACCGCUGCUUUGAAAGAUGGUAAUGAUAAUUCUGAAGAGGCUGUCGAUUUUAUUGGUAAAAAAGGCAAAGACUUUGAAUUUUCACAUGUGAUGCCAGUACGUGUAACUUCAACGGAAUGCAAUGCAAAGGGAGAUAACGAAUCAGAUGCAGAUCUCACUGGUGUUAGAGAAUGGAUUAUAAAAUUAUUAUAA